UCGUUCAUCAUCAUGAGUGCAACAACAAGCUUGAAGCUGCGUUUGCCAACCUUUGUGUUGGUGCUGGAGGUUGUAAUGAUCACACUCUACGGCAUCUUUGUCACCUAUGACGAUGACUCCAGUGCGAAGCUCCAAAACAACGAGACCAACUCGAUGGAGAACUCAAUGUAUAAGGACUACCCUUACUUUGCUGAUAUUCAGGUGAUGAUCUUCCUGGGCUUCGGUUGCCUGCUGGCCUUCUUUCGCUUCUACGGCUUCAGUGGGAUGGUGUUCAACUUCCUCACAGCCACCUUCGCCAUCCAGUGGGCCAUCCUGAUUCAAGGGUACUUCCAGUUUUACUCUGAUGGUAAAAUCCACUUGGGAGUUAUCAAUCUCAUAAAUGCAGAGUUUGCCUGUGCUGUGGUCCUCAUCUCAUUUGGAGCUGUGCUUGGGAAGACCAGCCCUGUUCAGCUCCUGGUCAUGGCUUUGCUGGAGAUUCCUAUCUUUGCAGUCACAGAGUGGGCUGUACUCAAAUAUCUACGGAUCAAUGACGCAGGAGGCAGUAUUCUUAUUCACCUGUUUGCCUGUUACUUUGGGCUGGGGGUAACUUUUGUCCUCUAUCGCCCAAGUUUGAAUAAAGGACACCCCAAAGAGACCACGAGUUAUAACUCUGACAUUCUGUCUGUGAUGGGAACGCUUUUUCUUUGGGUGUUUUGGCCUUCAUUUAACUCUGCUCUCACAUUUAAAGGUGACGACCAGCACAGAGCCAUACUCCACACAUUCUUAGGCCUGAGCUCAUCCACUAUCACCGCCUUUGCCCUCUCUGCAAUGUUCAACAAAAGAGGCAAGCUAACAAUGGCAGAUAUUCAGAACGUGACACUUGCAGGUGGAGUUACAGUUGGGGCUUCUGUGGACAUGAUGAUCUCCCCAGUAGCUGCAUAUGCUCUGGGCAUCAUAGGCUGCACUGCCUGCUUCUUUGGCUACAAGUACCUCACUCCCUUUUUGGCUCAGCGCCUGAGGAUCCAGGACCAGUGUGGCAUUCACAAUCUGCAUGGCCUUACCGGACUCAUAUCAUCCACCGCAGGGAUCUGUGCUAUCCUGAUGGCCACUGAAGACACCUACGGGCCCAGCAUGUAUCAGAUCUUCUCCCAUCGUGCUCCGCCAGAGGGAGAUCCAAAGCUGCUGGAGCUGCAAAAGCUGAUUCCCGGGCUGAAGCCAGGUCUGGGCCGCACUGCACAGCAACAAGCUCUCUUUCAGGUUGCAGCUGUCUUUGCGACUAUCGCUGCAGCUGCAGCUGGUGGGCUGCUCACCGGGCUGGUCAUGAAGCUGCCAUUCAUGGCGUCACCAUCUGAUGAGAACUGCUUUGAUGAUGAGCUUUUCUUUGAUGUGCCUUCAAACUUUGACAGUGGAGAGGUUCUCAAGACUCUCAAAAACUUUGAUGCAACAGAAAAAGCAGAAACUUUGAAUACCCAAGUCUGA